AUGGGUAGCUCAUCAAGAGUUAGACCAAUGAGUCUUUACGUUACCCCUCCAUUAGAUAUCAAUUAUGACUUUGAAAAUGAUUCUUCUCCAUCGCCACUCUCAGCGGUUUCUUCAGAGCAUGAACAAUAUCUGACUCGGCCAUCGUCAACUUUUACCCUGACACCUCCGGUAUCUACUGUAACCCACACGCCUCCAUCUAGUCCAAAGUCUUCAAUUUCAAAACUUGGAAUUUUUAGAAGACUUUCUUCUAAAUUUUCAACUAAAACCAAAAGUUCAAAUUCCUCCAUAACUUCUGGUCCCUCAUCGACAUUUUUACCUAUUUCUCCAAUAAGUUUGAAAAGCUUUGAACCGCAAGCACAAUCAUCAUCAAUACAAUCCAGUCCAUCUAGGAAGAGAUUUUCUCAAGAUUUAUCUAUUUUAAGUCCCAGGUUGGAAUUUACUUCUACCCAACAAACACCUCCCAAAUCAAGAAGGUCCUCAAAAUCAAUGGAAUUUAAAAAAGAAAAGGAAUCUAAGAGGUUUAGCAUACAUGGAACAUCUAUUGGUUCAAAGAGAUUAUUGCCUGCUGCAAUAAUGGAAAAUUCAGAAGAAAUGCCAAAUAGUACUAGAGAAAGUUAUCCUGAUAAUAAUAUAACGCGUCUAACACCUAAAUCGACUCCUGAUAGUAACAACUCUGUUAUUGAAAAUCAUACUAAACUCACACCUACGUCUCAGUCUAAACCUAGGGAGGAUAUAAUUAAAUUGAAUAUUUUCUUUGAGGAUUCAAAGUCGGAGAAGAAAGAUUUCCUACUUCCAGAAGAAUUUGAUUAUAUUGCAUUAAAGUUGAGAAAAGACAAAUUGAAUAACUUGAAUGAAUUAGUUAAUGUAAUUAUUUAUAAACUAUUAGCUAAAAAGCAUGACUUGAAUAUUAAUGAAGUGAAAUUAUUAAUAUUCUUUAAGGACAAAGGAUUGAAUCCUAUAGUCUUAAAACAAUCUUCGAAAGAAAUUAAGUCACAACAUAAGCAAUUGCAAAAACCAUUCAAUUUGAAAAAUGAUGAACUUCUUCUUGAUUACAUAAAGCUUAAAAAGAAGCUAUACAUUAUGGCUCAAAUAUAG